AUGAGAUUGUCAUUCGCCUUUUUCCUUUCGCUUAUUGCCUUGGCUGUCUGCGAUACGGCCAACUGUGGCGGUGCUAAUUACACGCCACGCCACCUCCAAAAGGCCGUCAGCGCUGCGUGCAGUUUGUUGCAGGAACGCAAAACAGUUGGAAGAAACGAAUACCCGCACAAAUACCAGAACCAUGAGAAGAUUGAACUUACCGGGCCUCCGCCCUACUUUGAAUUUCCUCUUCUCCCAUAUGGAGAAAUUUACUCUGGCGAUGCUCCGGGACCCGAUCGAGUCAUCAUCACCAAAGAUUGCAAGCUGGCAGGCGCCAUUACUCACACGGGAUCCAGCAGAAACGGCUUCGUCACCUGCGAUGUCAAGCGCUCGCCCGCGUCUGUGCUUGUCUUGAACGGCCAAUCUGUAUUUGCGCUCUGCUUCACGAUGAUGCUUUACGCGGCGGUUGCCUAA